AUGGAGCAGCAGCACAAACAGCUGCUAUUUUCUGCUGCAUUAAGACAGGAAGAAUAUAAGCAGCAAGUGCGCGAGCAAGAGAGGCUGAAAUCAACAGCACCCACGCACGCAGCACCGCCACUCAAGCAACAGCAGCAGCAGCAGCAAGCCGAAGGCCAAGCCCAUCCAGCAGCCGUGCUGCCUCCCCGGAAGCAGCCACAGCUGCCGCAAGGGUGCCUGCUGCAGCUUCCGCAGGCCAAGCAGCAGCGGCAGCAACCGCUGCAGCGAGAGCCGCAGCACAGCCAACGCCGCGCUGUAUCCUCAGGGUCACCUCCGGGCCCCUCCCCCAUAAGGCCAGUAGCAGAGGGCCCCAUCAGAGAAGAUAAUUGCCAGCAUAAAGGAGUUUUUUGCCUCUUAAGUACACCAGAAGACUCGGGAAAUAAAGCAUUGCAGAAGGAGUCCCCAGCUCCUCCUUCGUGGACGUUUACAAGAGCAGCACGCGCCUGCAGCAGCAGCAGCAGCAGCAAAUGCAAGGACGCAAGCCGCAGCGGCAGAUAUGCCGCAGGGGUGCGGGGCCAAGCAGCAGCGUCCACUGGGGCUGCGAGAGUUGCUGCUGCUGUUACUUCUGCUGCUGCUGCGGCAAGACUGCGCAGCAGAGAACGCCAAAGGCCCCAACUUGCGUCCCGCAGCUCGUUAAGGCCCCAGAAUAGUGAGCAGCAUCUUCAGCAAAAACAACGCAGCCUAAACGCGCUUGGACGGCCUCUUCGUGAGUCCUCUCAAGUCUGUCUGCAGAGUCGCUUGUUGCUGCGGCUGCAAACAGCCCAGCAGCAAAGCCAGCAGCAGCAACGGCAGCAACACCAGAUGCUUCGCCAGCGGUGUAGCUGGAGCGUGGCGUCUUUCCUGCCUCUUAGAAAAGAAGCUGCUGAGGGCCUGCUGUCCCUGCGUGCGCGUUCGCUUGCUGCGGCCCCGCAGCAACAGCAGCAGCUUCCAUCGCUGCAGCGGCCGCUGUCAUUCCAAGAGGAACUGCUGCUGCUGCGGCGGCUGUGGGAAGCAAACCAUGCUGUGUCAACAGCAGCACAGCGACAGGUAACACAGCGAUCCCAACAGCAGCAGCGGCAGCAUCGGCAGCAGCAAACAGACGUGGUCGAUACGCUGCUUCUGCAACAGGUAUUAGAGGAAAGGACGGCUGAGUCCACUCGCGCAAAAAGACAAUUGCUGCUGUUGAGGCAGCUGCAGCAUCAAAAGACGAAGUUGGAGCUGCUAAGGCGACAGCAGCAAAGCUGCAGCAGGAAGCUGACGCAGAAGCUGGCACCAGCAGCGCUACGGUGGUGGAGAAGCAACAGCAGCAGCAGCAGCAGCGGGAACGCGGGGGCAGAGAGAAGUGGAAAGGGGCCGCCUGAGUGUUUGCUCACGGGCAUUUUAGAGGGGCCCCACUUACCCCUAGAGGGAGAGCUUUGGCUGCGGCGGCUGCACUGGGAGCUGAAUUUUGAGAUUAGACAGUGGCAGCAGCAGCAGAGCAGCGGCAGCGGCAGCAGCCGCACCAGCAAUAAACAGGUGGUCACUUUGCUGCAGCUCAUCAAGAAGAAAUGCGUGAAAAGGCGCAGAAAGAAAGAGACACAGUUGAGACGACAGGCAGUCUCGAGCUUUCACAAGGCGAGCCGCCAAAUGACGCUGUGGGCCAGCAGCAGCAGCAGCAGCAGCAGCAGCAGGAGCUGGUUUACUUUGCAUGCACACCACAGGGUAGUGAGCAUAUCGGGAUCAGGGGAAGUCAGGAUCUUCUCGUCUUCAGCAGCCUCGUGGCAGCAGCAGAACGCAGUUGUUGAGCCAUUUGAGCUCUUUUUUGACACCUGCAGCAGCUCAGAUGGCAGCGAAGAGCUGCAGCAGCCGCAGCAGCAACAGUCCAAGGCUCAGAACAAGCAGCGAAAAAAGCAGCUCCACCGUUUGCUGCUGCGGCAGUGGAGCCUACGGAAGCCUCGAGCGAGCGAGGCUGAAACAGCUCCUGCGCUAGCUGCACCAGCAGAAACCGCAGUAGCAGCAGCAACAACAGCAAAACCAGAGAGCGCACACUGCAACAGCGGGCAGCUGCAUGGGUGCAGCGGGCCGCUCCCAGCCACAUUUGAUAUCCUGCACACGAGUGAAGACAGGGGCAGCAAACUGACUGCUGCUUCUGCUGCUGCUAAAGCCAGCCCCGCGUUCUCUGAGGGUGUGGAGCAUCUUAACGCUGCUUUCUUUACCGGUUUGCAGCUGUUUGCUGCAGCUAAUUGUUUUCUCUGGUUGCUCUGCCGCGGUGCUUCUUUGCUGCAGCUGCGACUGUACCUUCGAAGAGGGUCACGGCAGCAGCUGCUGCAGGAGCAACAGCAGCAGCAGCAAAGGCUGCGGCAAAUGCUGCUGGACGAAAGAUGCCUUGCCUUAGACAGACACGGCACUUCAGCUGACGCCGCGCUUCUCGCCUGGAGGGGUGCGCAACUGGCUCACGAAAUCUUUGUUAGGCAGCAGCACGUGCAGCAGCAGCAGCAGCAGCGUGAGCGGCAGGAACAGCAGCAAAAGCAACUGCAACAGCAGCCGCCGCAGCAACAAGAGUGGCAGCAGCCGCAAGACUGUUUCCUGGUAGAACCAGGAACGGAUCGCACACCGCCUGGCAGCAGUAGCACCAGCAGCAGCAAGAAGACGCCUGACUGCAACACGCAAUACCUUGGCGAGAAACCUGAGAGGGGCAGCUGCUGCAGCGGCUGCAGCCGUUGCUGCAGCCGCUCAGUAGGCAAAAGCGGGGGCCACCCUAGGCGAAGCUCAAGGUCCUUAUCUUAUGACUUUCCUCGCAAGCACCGGCUUCCCCUAAGCAGCCUCCGCAGCUUGCCUGUGGGGAGCAGCAGCUCUUUUUGGAGCCACCGGCGCCGCAGCAGCUGCCAGCGCAGCAGCAGCGACAGCAACUUCUGCAGAGGCAGCAGCAGCAACGCGGAUAAUGUGUUGCCACCGUAUGUGCGCAGUUUGCCGGAUGCAGGCAAAGCUUGCGCUAGGCUGGAUGCACUCCAGGUCGAGAGAGCAUGGAGCAGCAAGAGCUUCAGCAGCAACAACGGCUGCAGCGACAGCAGCAGUAGCCCCUGCUGCUGCCACAGAAGCAACUGCAGCAGUAGCAGUAGCAGCAGCAGCAGCAGCCGCUGCGGCUGCGGGAAUGAGGGAUGCGAUCGUGAGGGCGUUUUAAACAAAUCGGCUUCAUUCAAGGAUGUGCUGCGGCUGCCCAUUAACUGGGCACGAAGACUGACUAAUAUGGGCAAGAAGGAGUCGUACAGAAGAGGCGCAGUAGCAACAGCAGCUUCCCAUAAGCUGCCACCGCUGCAGCAGCAGCAGAAUCGACCGCCUGCGGACGAACUUGGGCUGUCAGCAGACAGUUGCAGCAGUGGACUGCAGCACCAGGUGCCAGAUGCAGAGCUGCAGCACCAGCAGAAAGUCUCUACCGGGCUGCACGAGGAGGCACAGCAGCAGCAGCAGCCAGAGCAGCAACAGCAGCAGCAGCAGCAGCAUUCAAGACAGCAGCAGCAGCAGACAGCCACUACAGAGCGAACCUGUGAGGACGCAGCUCUCAGCCUGCUAAAAGCCACCUUCGAGCUGCACCGCGCAGGGCCACAUACCCAGGGGUUGCUGUUACCACAGGCGGGAGCAGAUGGGGGCCCCCAGGGGCCCUUGAGCUGCCCCAGGGGGCCCCCCGCUGAUGCUGCUGCGCUGCUGCUGGACUUGGAUGAUAUCGCGGGGGCCUUUGGACAAGAGACUCCGCCCCACGUGGAGGGGCCCCAGGGAGGGUCUUGUGAAAAGACGCAGUUUGGGUCCCCCGGGGGGCCCCCCCAGCAACCUCGCCAGGGGGCCCCCCAGGGGCCCCUGGGGCCCCCAGGGGCCCCCCAGGGGCCCCUGGGGGCCCCCCAGGAGGGCUGGCGCUGGGGGGCUCCUGGCACUUUCUCGGGGGCGCAGGAACUGCAGCAGCAAAUGCUCUCUCGGGGGAGCCCGGCAGAGGGGGCACUCAGGGACCCUGCUGCUGCUGCUGCUGCUGCUGCUGCUGCUGAGGAGCGUUUCAAUUGCCGUGCCGACUGGGCAAGUGCAGCAGCAGAGACUUUGCGGGGUGUCUGUACACCCCACGCAGACUCCCCCGGAGGCGGAGGGGAACCCACUAGUGCUUCUGAGAGCCGUGGCACCGCAGCAGCAGCAGCAGCUGCUGCUGCUGCUACUGCUGCUGCUGCUGCGAGGGCCGGGACGCAGGAAGCGGGGGGCCCCCCCUUCUGGCUGUUUGGAGCUGUUCUGGACGCUCGGGAAAGUCUUGGGGAGGGCGGGGAGUGGGAGCUGCUGGUGACGGACGGCCUGGGGGUUUUUGCUGCAGCUGCUGCAGCAGAAGCAGCAGCAGCAGUAGUGCAGCAGGUGCAGCAAACGUCGCUGGUUCCCCCCCUGCCGCAGCUGGAGAGGCUGAGGAACGCCCAGGGCCACUUUUUGCUACAAGUUAAAGGAGAAGAUCCCAAAAAUCAAACAGUUCAUAUUUUGGCUUUCCGGGCGAAGGCGCCGCGGGAGGAGGUCAAGGAAAAGUUGAAUUUCCUGUUGGCCCUGUUGGCUGGAGAGCAGCAGCAGCAAAUCCUAAACAAAUGA